CCUGUCUACCGGACCAUAUUCCGUGACGAGCACGGAUUUUUACAAAAAGAAGAAGAAGAAGAAGACCAAGGAAGGACUGGAGAAAUAAUCACACACCAUGUCCUCCAUGCGCAACGCCGUUCAACGGCGGAAUCACCGCGAGCGUGGCCAGCUAGCCGGCCGUGAGAAAUGGGGUAUUCUUGAGAAGCACAAGGACUACUCCCUCCGUGCGAAAGACUACAACAACAAGAAAGCGAAGAUCAAGCGUUUGGAAGAAAAAGUGCGGGAGCGCAACCCCGAUGAAUUCGCCUUCGGAAUGUUGUCGGAGGGCUCAGGUCGCAAGGGGAAGCACGGGGCCGGAGCGACGCGAGACUCAGCUGCGGCGCGCGGACUCAGCCACGACGCGAUUAAGCUGUACAAGACACAGGAUGCGGGGUAUCUGCGGACGGUGGGCGAGCGGGUGCGCCGGCAGCUGGAGAAGGCGGAGGAGGAAUUAAGGCUGCAGGAUAGCAUGAAGGCGAUUCUGGGUGGGGGGAAGGGGGUUGACAGUGAGGAUGACGACGAUAUGGACUUCGAUGAUGAGGAUGAUUUCGACCUGGGAGGUGAUGAUGAGGGGGCGAAGAAGGGGCGGAAGGUUGUCUUUGCGGAUGACCGUACGGAACAGAGAUCGCUGAAGAAGAAGAGGUUGCAGGGGGAAGAGAAGGAGGAGUCAUCGGAUGAGGAGGAGUCGUUUGGCGAUAAACAGAAGAAGAAGACGUCGCUUAAGCAGGCUGCAGCAGAUCGGUUGGCUCUAGUUGAGGCUCGUCGCGCACGCAAGAUGAAGAAGCGUGCCGCCGAGGUCCGCGAGAACAAGGUCAAGUCGCUGCAGAAGCAGUAUAAGGAUAUCACGGCCGCGGAGCGCGAGCUGGACUGGCAGCGUGGACGCAUGGAUAAUGUGGUUGGUGGCACGAAUAAGAACGGGGUCAAAUGGAAGAUCCGCGAGCGGAAGAGGUGAUUUGAUUUGAUUCGAUUCUAUCUGGUCUCCUUUGCUCCCUUGUCUUUGAUGGUUCUGGGUUUCUUCAUGCUGCAUCAAUCACUGGCUAUGAUUGAUGAUUUGGCUUUGCAUGGGUUGGGUUGCGGGUAGGAAAAGUUCCAGUGUAUUCUACUACAGGAUAGAUUCGCCGGCGUUCGAGAUACCAUUUUUUUAUUGUACAGUGAUCAAGGC